AUGGACGAAAACAUUCUCGUAACGACUGCCGAGCAGAUCCUGGCGAGCACAUCCGAGCUGUCAAAGCAACUGAAAGAUGUCAACAUUCCUCCCCCCGACAGCCUCAACAUAGGCGCCACUUCUAGUCUCUGGACCACCCAUGAUGAGAAACUCGAUGUUCUGAAGUCAAAGGUAAUAGCACUCAGUCAAAGUCUCGGAGCCCUCCUCGAGGGUCCUCAUGGCUUCCUGCACGAGUAUGUCUCCGUCAAUUGGGAACACGGAGCGCUCUACACACUGCUCGAUCACAAUGUACUCGAGCAUAUACCCCUUGAUGGAUCAACAAUCCCCAUCGCUCAGCUUGCGCAGGAAACUGGAUUGCCAGCCAACAAGUUGCUCCGUAUUUGCCGACUUGUCGCAACAACUGGCAUUCUGCGCGAGCCAACUGAGGGGGACUUUGCCCAUACAGCUAUUUCAGAAACCCUCGUCGAGGAUCAGGGCUACAAGAGCUUUAUCGCAUUUCAACUAUUUGAAACACGAGUUGCGAGUGCGCAUCUAGCUGAUUCGCUGCGGAAGCCCAAUCCUUUCUGGACCGGAGAAGCUGCAUUUGAACUUGCCUGGGGCAUGCCUAUGUAUGAUUGGCAUAGGAAGAAUCCAGAGAUGGGGAAACGAUUUGCGGAGGCUAUGGGGAGCGUAUCGAAAAGCCUUGAUGCUGGAAAUGACAUGGUCAUAGAGUGGAUCAAAGGGUCGGAGUAUGUUAGGAAUGGAAAGAAACCUUGCAUCAUUGAAAUACAAGGGAAGACUGGAGCGUUCUCGUCUCAGCUGGCAACGAUAUUCCCAGAUAUGCAGUUCGAAGUUCAAGAUACCUCGGCUGACUUAAUCGGUCGAGGGCAAAAACUUUUGGAGGCCGAGCUGAAGUGGCAGGUAAUAUUAUCUCAAAGGGAUCUCUUUGCUACCAGGAAGGUCGAAGAAAUCAGCAAUCGCCAUGAUACCACGAUCUUCCUCUUGCGAGGCGUGCUGUGGAACCAUCCAGAUGAUGAAGUUCUCACCAUAUUGCAGAGCAUUUUGCCUGCAAUGAAGCACCAUACCAAGCCUCUAAUUCUGAUCAGUGAUUUGGUCUCUCCCUCGUGGGCGACAUUUGAGACUCAUGUGGAAAGGGCAUUCCGCAGAAGAGAUGUGACUCUGAUGACAAUGCACAAUGUGCAGCAACGCAAAUCCACCGAAUGGGGAAACCUGAUUCAGUCUGCCAGUGCAGAAUUCAAGAUCAAGUACCAAGAGAGAUUUACAUCCCAUAGCUGUCGGGGUCUGUGGGAAGUCCAAUUAGAGAACUAA